AUGAACAAGGCAUUCGCAACCGAGGUUCUCCUGCUUUGCAGCUGGGCGUUGCCUGUUGCCCACGCCGCCGCCCUCUCAGCAGUCGAUGAUAUAGGAGACACUACAUUACUCUACACUCGGAAGGGAGGAAAGGGCGGCAGCUCGGGAGGCAGCGGUGGCGGGUCUUCCUCCUCGUCCAAGAAAAGCACCAUCUCUACUGCAGCCAUCAUCGCCAUUGUCGUCGUGAUCCUUGCUGUGCUCUUCGUCGGUUGGAUCCUUUGGAAGUGCGUCCUCCCACGAGUCUUGGUCAAGAGAAAGGCGAAGAAAGAACAGAAAUACCAGGAGCAAGUCUAUGAACAGAAAAUCGACGACACGGCCAUCACAGCCACCACGACUACUCCCCAAGUCUUCCAGCCCCCAUACCAGCAGCCAUGUACUUACCCCCAGCCUCCCUAUGGACAAAACAGCUACGGGCCACCGGUUGGGCCUCCCCCAUCUAGCCACCAUUAA